AUGCCUCGUCUUCCUCCCAUCUACACCGACUUCUUCUUCCCCCCCCUGACGGAGGACGUGGAGGAGCUGCUCGCUCGCUUCCAGCAGGCCGACUCGGUGAGGUACGAGGUGUUCUCAGCCAUCUGGAGGAGCAUGGGCCUCUCUGAUGUCUUCCUGGGCUGCCCAGGUGUGGGUGAGAAGAAGAGGUUCAGCAGAGUGACACUAGCCACAGCCGUGAAGUACUUCCUGUCUCCGUACAGCUACCAGAUCCGAGUGGGAGGCCUGUACCUGAUGUUCGGGUUCUACCACACGCAGCCCGCUGUUCCUCCUGUGAAGAUCCGACUGGCCCUGCAGGACUGGGACCAGGUUCAGAAGUUCUUCAAGGAUUCUGUGGAAGCUGGGCAUCACGAUGUGCUUUACGUCUACAAGAAGCUGGUGUCCAUCAAAGCCAUACACUACACGGCCAUGCCUCAUCUCCUCUCCUUCAUAAAGCAGAGGAAGCCGAAGAAGGAGCCGGUGUGUGCAGAGUUCCUGGGGAGGGCCACGGCCGUGCAGGAGCUCGUCUCCCCAGAGUUCCUGGAGGAGAUGACCAACGUCCAGGCCCAGUAUGAGAAGCUGAAGGAGGCCACGGUGGAGGUCAGCAGCCAGGUCACCAUGACCCAGCAGGACUUCGCCUCCCACCUGAAGGACACCUUGUCAGAGUUCCUCACGUGGCAGCAGAAGAUGUUCUCGCAAAACGGCAAAGACAAGAUCUCUGGAGACGAGGAGGAGGAGGAGACAGCAGAGGAGGAGUGCAGCAGCAGGGCCAGGCUCCUGAGCUCCAUCAAGAACAAGAGCUACAGCGGCGUCCAGGAGGUGACCAAGGGCCGGAGGCACCGCCAGACCCAGGUGGUGGACUCCUCCAGGUCCAGGGCGGAGCACGGCCAGGAGACGGGGGCCGGCCACAAGAAGAGACCCCCGUCCCUGAGGGCCCGGACCAGGCAGAACCUCAAGGUGGAGCCCGAGGAGUACAAGCUCAACGCCUGGCUCCUCACUGCUCCGGAGAAGCCGACCGAGGACCGGUGA